CUAAUCUGCAUCUUUCUGGUGUUGGUUCUUUCAGACUUUAAGCAUUGCCGACACAGCUCGUACGCUUGUAAGACAGAGCUACCCCGCCAUCAGACCACGAUCAUAACCUCUCUCCUCCAUCUCCAACAACAAGAACCCUCAAAUACACUCAAAUCUAAUGUCGAACCCCGAAAAAGCCCCCUUGAAUCAGCCUUCGGGCGAGCAGCAUGGCUCUGGCCUGCUGCCUCUUGCGGACGAACAGCAGCAGUUUCCUCCUCCUCCGCCCGGUGGACCCCCACCUCAUACCGAGUCUGGUGCUCCUCCAGCUUAUGAGCAGGGAGGUGCUCAGCUUCCAAAGGAUGAGAAGCCAAAGAUUCAGCAACAGCAAUUCCCCCCUCCGCCUCAGGGUGCUGGAGGUGAACAGCAGCAAUAUUUCCCUCCUCCUCCUCCUGGACCUCCUCCAGCGCAGCAGCAACAGGGAUCAGCACCUCACCCGAACUCCCUCGACGCGCACCCUACCAACCCUCAGCCAGCUCAACAGAACUACAACAUCCCGCAGUACAACCCCGCCCAGCCCGCCUUUGCGCCUCCUCCCACCAACGAACCCGCGCAUCAAUAUCAAGAGGCGCCAAUUCCGGAGCACGAUGCCGGAGCAGGCAACACAUCGACCUUUGUGCCUCCCGAGGAGCAUCAUAAGAAGCAUGGUUGGAGUGAGCGCUUUAGCCAGCUUGGGAUCAAGGCCGCUGCUCCCAUCAACAGCUUGGCGCAUAAGCUCGGUAGCCAGAGCUUCCUCCCAGAGACACUUGACAAGGAGUGUGACAAGGCAGCUUCAAUUUUGAAGUCUUUCUGCAAAAAUGGUGUCUACGCUGACCCCGGCGCAAGCCCGGUGCCUACUUCGACCGACCCGAAGGCCACUGAGACCAACGACUCCAUCAUCGAUCCUACCAAGCAGAAGCCCAAGAGCCGUGUCAUUGUCACUAUCCCACCCAAGGUCAUUGCCAAGGCUGUUGGUCUUGCCAUCUUCACCACCCUCCGUGCUGGAUUCAACUUUUCUGGCGCGACCGGCUCUGGUAUUCUGAUUGCCCGUCUUCCUGAUGGAUCCUGGGGUCCACCCUCGGGUAUUCAGGUGCAUUCCGUCGGAGCCGGCUUCUUGGUUGGCCUCGACAUUUAUGACUGUGUCUGUGUCAUCAACAGCCGAGAGGCACUAGCUGCUUUUGCCAACACGCGUGUCGCCCUUGGUAGUGACUUGGCCGUCGUCGCGGGUCCUUACGGAGCUGGAGGCGCUGUUGAGUUUGGCACUGCCAUGGAAGGUCGUGAAGGACGAAAGUCGAAGGAGAGCAAGGAAGGAGAGUCAUCGGCUCAGCCUCCUCCCGAACCAGCCGAGAGCAACCAGAACUUGAAGCCCGAGAAGGACAAGAAGAGCCAUCGCCGCAGUCUCAGCGCUAGCGCCUUCAAACCCGUCUUUUCAUACGUCAAGUCGCGUGGAUUCUACGCUGGUGUCCUGGUUGAUGGUACUGUCGUGGUCGAGCGCAAGGAUGCAAACGCUGCAUUCUUUGGUGAGCGAGUAUCUGUCGACAAGAUCAUCAAGGGUGAGGUGCCCCGUCAGGGACCCAACGGCAUGUGGCCUGCGGGAGCACGAAACUUGCUCGAGACUUUGAAGGGAGCCGAGGUUGGUUCGCUCAAGGUCAAGCAGAGCAAGGAUGGAGCAUCUCCGACCAGCCCGACGUUCGGAGCCCCAGGCGCCGAUCACUCGGCUCCAGUGGCGUCCGGAGCUCUGGGUACCGAGACGGCGAGUGGAAGCGGACAUCCGCCGGCUUACAAGGAUGAUGGAACGCACCACCCUGGUGUUGGUGAUGUGAAGUACCGCUAAAGUUAUGACGAGUAUGAGUUAUGAGAUACCACACUGAAGGAAUUGGAGGAUUUGAUGCUUUCCUUGAGUACCUAAUGAAUUGAUUCCGAAUUCUACCUGCA